AUGAGCAUCCGCACGCCACCCACACUCCUGAAGCUGGCAGCAAAGCGCCUGCUGAGGGACCAGGCCUCGGCCAUUGCAGCUCUGGAGUACCUGCCCGCUGAGCUCUUCCCAUACCUGUUCGUAAUGGCCUACCGUGGUGGACGCCACCCCCAGCUACUGAAGGCGUUGGCCCAAGCCUGGCCCUUCACUGUCCUCCCUCUAGGGGUCCUGAUGCAGCGUCCCCCUGAUCAUGCCCCAACCAGGGCCACCGGCUUAAAAGCCAUGUUUGACGCGCUUGACGUUCUGCUUGCCCAGGAGGUUCGGCCCAGGAGGUGCAAACUGCGGGUGCUGGAUUUAAGGAACACGGGUGCCAACUUCUGGGAUAUGUGGCUUGGAGUCAGCACCGAGAAUUGCUCACCGACAGGACCAGUGACUGUGCAUAGCUCCAGCCCCAACAUGGAGCAUCCCCUGGCUCCCUUGGAGGUGUUCCUAGACCUUAACUUCAAUGAGAGAGACCGGGAUAAGUUUUCCAUGCACAUCAUCCAAUGGGCCCAGCAGAAGAAAGGGUUGCUACACCUAUGCUGCAAGGCACUGAGGAUUUCUGAGGUGCCCUUCCAGAGGGUCAGGAGGGUCCUGGAUAGGGUGAGGCUGGACUGCAUCCAGAAGGUGUAUGUGAAAUGCACCUGGGACCUGACCACCCUGGGGACACUUGCUCUCUACCUGGGCCGUCUGGACCAGAUGCUCAGGUGCCUGCAGACUCCCUUGGACAAACUCUGCCUAACACAUUGCCAGCAGCUGACGCAUUCAGACCUGACACACCUGUUCCAGUGCCCGAACCUCAGGCAGCUGAAGAUCCUGCAUCUAUUUGGCCUCAGCCUUGCGGAUUUCAGUGAGCCCCUCCGAGCUCUGCUGGAGGCAGUGGCAUCCACACUCCAGGACCUGGGUCUGGAUAAAUGUGGGAUGGCGGACUCCCAAGUCGAGGCCAUCCUGCCUGCCCUGAGCCGCUGCCACCAGCUCAGAUUCUUCAGCAUCUCUAUGAACAACUUCCCCGUGGCCACCCUGAAUAAGCUGCUGCGCCACACAGCCGGGCUGCGCAGUUUAGAGUUCGAGAUGUACCCCAUCCCCCUGGAGUGUUACAGGACCCAAGGGACUGUCAACUAUGAGAGAUUUUCCCUGAUCCAGGCUGAGCUCACGGGGAUACUGAGGGAGUUAGGACAGCCCAGGACCAUCCAGCUUGCUACCAGGCAUCUUAGACAUAGGAAGUUUUAUGAGGUGGCGUUUUCAUGA